CUGGGCUGGCGUCACUUCCGGUUCUCUGUCAGUCCAGAGCGAGCGAGCGUGCUGGAGACUGUUGGACUGUAGGGGCGGAGGAAUGCCUAAAUCAAAGGAACUUGUUUCUUCAAGCUCUUCGGGCAGCGAUUCUGACAGUGAAGUUGAAAAGAAGUUAAAAAGGAAAAAGCAAGUUGCUCCUGAAAAACCUGUAAAGAAGCAGAAGACUGGUGAAACUUCCAGAGCUCUGGCCUCCCCCAAGCAAAGCAGCAGCAGCAGAGAUGACAACAUGUUUCAGAUUGGGAAAAUGAAGUAUGUCAGCGUUCGAGAAUUUAAAGGGAAUGUUCUAAUUGAUAUUAGAGAAUACUGGAUGAAUCAGGAUGGUGAAAUGAAACCAGGAAGAAAAGGUAUUGCUUUAAGUCCGGAGCAGUGGAGCCAGCUGAAGGAACAAAUUUCUGACAUUGAUGAUGCAGUAAGAAAACUGUAAAACCUGAGCCAUAUAAAACCUGUACUGUUCUAGUUGUAUUAAUCUGUCUUUUUACAUUGGCUUUUGUUUUCUAAAUGUUGUUUUACACGCUGUUGUAUAUUUGGAUUGCAGAACAAUUUGUAAGUUUUUUUUAAUGUGCAUUAUUAAAAAUGUUCUUAGUGAAGCUGUCAACUUUAUUAAGAGAUUGCUUUGUUAUCCCACCUAGUGUAAAAUAAAGUCAGAUCAUUACAGUCUUCACUGUCGUGGCCUUUUUUGAUCAAAAGGAUAGGCUCUGUUCAAGGCCCAAAAUAACCCUUACAAACCUAUUGGUUUGAACUCAGCCUUUAUAUUGAGGGGGAAAAAAAGGAUUUGUAUUGAGUUACUUUUUUAAUGUUUGAUUUGUAAAAUGUAUACUUGAUUUCUUCCCUCUCAACCAAAUGUCUAAACUUGCUUGACUUUCUAUCCUGUUUCUUUACUUCAUUUUCCUUAACUUAAUCUCUUCAUGGAUGAUCUUUUAGUCUUUUCCUUGGAUAUACUAUGCUGAUUUGGAGAGUCAAUCUGUCAAAGUUUUGUAUGGAACUUAUAAUUAAACACAAAUUACUGCUGUAUUAAAUAUUAACAGAUCAGUUUGCUAACUGACUUAAAACAGCAAGUAUAUGUCAUUACCCAUCAUGUUCUGUGUAGUUACUGCUUAGUUUACAGAAAAUAAUGACUCACAUGUCUGAUUAGCUUUCACUUAGCAAACAUGCUCAUCAUAGGAUGAUGUCUGUAAACCCAGAUGUCAUUAAGCUAGAUUAGAGUUUAGUAAAUGUUGUGAAAGCAUGCUGGCCCAGCAUUAUAACACUCAGUAUAUAUUAGUGUAGCCAGAGAGAUCGGUGAGCUUUACUGCCAGGGUAGGUAAUGUGGCCAGUAGAGGUUAUUUUGCAGUUAAUCUACUAGACAAUGGCAUUCUAGACUUGAUGCUGUGAAAUUUAAUAGACACUCCUAGGUGGUUUUCAUUUCUCCAGGAUGAUGAAGCAGACAGACUGAGGCACAGGUUUCAGGGGCGUUUCAGCAAUAAAUAGGGCAUGGCGUGCCUUAUGGAAAGAAUGUUGUAGGUGAAACUUAGUGCAGUUAGGGAGGUGGAAGAAAUUGUCUUGAAAGUGGUAGACAUGAAGUUUUGAUCUCAUCAAUAUGGCAUAGUUAGGGAGGAUGGUAAUAAGAAUGAUUUGAAGACGUGUAAAACAUUUGAAUUUUUACUACCAUUAAGGGCUGCCAUAUCAGAAUUGCACUAUCCUAUUAACAAGUUUGAUUUAUUUGUCUAAAUCAUUUUUUUGUGGGAUUGUCAAGAAUUUAAAAACCAUCUGCCAGGUCAUAUACAGUUAGCAAUUUUUUCCCCUGGCAGUUAUUCUUUUGUAUUUUAUAUUCUUGAAGUAACUUUUUUAGUGUAUUUAGUAAUUGUAAAGUAGUUGCAAACAGAUAAAUCUCACUUCUUGUAGUUUCGUCUUAAUAGGGACCAAAAUAUUCAAAUAUGGUAUAUAAUUUAGACAAAUUCUCAAGAGAUACCCCUCCCCCCCAUUGGGGAAGAAAUAAUGUGUUCUAUUUCAUUAACUUAGUUUUGUGAACUAUUCCUUACUUUUGUCGUUCAAUAAGGGUAGUUAGGACACAAAACUAGUGUUUUUGGUGUAGAUGAAAGCUAAAUUUGCUAGGUUCCCAUGGACUUAAGGGUGUAUGCUUAUACAGGGUGGUGCUGCAGUCUAUUACUAGCUAGCAUUUGCUAGCUGCUUAACAUAAUAAGAUCUCCAUAUAAAGAAUGUUCUCUGGCACAGUUUGGUAAGUUAACAACUAAAUUCACUUAAUUAUGUUACUGGUUGUAUAGUAUACCAAAAUCAUUUAUCUUUCUUUGUGUAUGUAGAAAAUGAUGAAAACUGGUAUAAAAGAAGAGGGACUAACUCAAACUGAAAAGAAGGGAACAGAACAUCUAUGUCUUGUUCAUAAGUGUCAUAUUUUGCAAUGCCAAAAUGAUUAAAAGAGUACUUUGGCCUUGCCUUUUGAUGCUCAGUAGCAAGGCUUUCUGAUGGUAUUUCCUUUUUGUCUUUUAAAGUAUGAGCUAUUUUUGACCAGUUUCCAGUGCUGUUCACAUUUUAUUUAAAGAAAUUAAUGAAAAAAAAACAUAUUUUUCUUUGUUUCAUAAGUGUCUGAAAACUUUUGAGGAGUAACCCUACCUCAUUGGCUAGUUAAGCUGCGGUGAAGGCCCCUUGAUUCUAUAGCAUAUCUUUAGACACAAGCACUUAGGUAAAACAAUGGGAGAAAGUAAUCCUGGCUUGUCGACUGAGCUGAGAACUGAACAUUGUUUAAAUGCUCCUGACAGAGGUAUGUUAGCAGAGGACUAAGUAUGAAGUAUGAACUGUAAAGAAUGUUGAGUUACCUUUAGCCAUCUCUCUUGAAUUAUCUUUGGAUUACUUUUUAUGAAAAUUAGCAUAGUGAAACCCUCAGUUUUUUUCUCCCAGAAAAAGUGUUUCCUUGGAUAAAGUCUCAUGUAAACAUACAUAUAAUCCAAAGUAUGUAAUUCUGUACUUGUGGAAUGCCUGUAUACUUUGUUGAUACAUCUUCCAUGGAGAUGUCAAUGAAUUUAAUGCUCCACCUGUGAAUAUUUUAAAUGUUGAAAUAAAAAUACAAAAUGUG